AUGGAGAAGUCUAGGAAGAAGAAGUGGGAGAUGGCGUUCGCGGCGCGGGUGAGGCAGAUUGUACCUGGUCUCUUUCUUGGAAAUGUCGAAGCGUCGUACAAACGGGAGCUGCUUCAAGAAAAUCGUAUCAACGCAAUCGUCUCUCUCACUGAUGCUCGGUGGGUGUGGUGGAACACUACUACGAGAGAGGCAGGCGUUCCGGCACAUCGUCACAAAUGGAUUCAGUGUGCUGAUUCGUCGACGCAAGACCUCCUUGCUCAUAUGAGCGAUAUUUGCGAUUUCAUCGACCAGAUGGCAUCCCCGGCUCUUUCGUUGCUGUCGUCCUUGACCUUCGAACACAAAGACGAUACGAAUGAUGGGCCGGGCGAAGCACCUCCGGAGGCCAUAUUAAUCCACUGUGAUCUUGGGAUAUCGCGCUCGCCAACGAUUAUCAUUGCCUAUUUGAUGCGCAAAUUUUGCAUGCAGCAAGUGGAAGUAUUGGAAUUUGUUCAAUCAAAGCAAAGAAUUAAACCGAGCCCGAAUUUUACUCGUCAACUUCAAGUUUGGGAGGAGGUUGGAUAUCAAGUAUGGGAGGACGAAGACAAGACUGUCCCGAAAGCGCCCUACAAAGCAUAUAUGGAGGAUCGGGCUGCUCUUCUGGAAAAAAGAGGGCUCACCGGAAAUGAACCGCUGGCGCCUCAGAAUCUUUAA